AUGACCACCUCCAACAUCAGUGAAAGCAUUCCGUUCUACGACGUGUUCGGAUAUUACGAGUGGACGUUAACGCUAGCAGAUCCCCGCACGAAAGGAUGGCCGAUGGUGGACUCGCCGAUUCCCACGCUGACAGGUGUCUGCAUAUAUCUGUUCCUCGUGUGGAUUGGUCCAAAAAUAAUGCGCGACCGGAAACCCUUCGACCUGACCACGUUUCUGGUGCCGUACAAUUUGGCCAUGGCCCUGCUGAAUCUCUACAUCUGCCUGCAGCUAUUCGUCGGUUCCACCAUGCGUCGGUACAGCUACAUCUGUGAGCCCUGUCGGCAGAGUUUCCAUCCAAUGGAGCUGCGAAUCGUGGAUGCCGUCUGGUGGUAUUACUUCUCCAAGGUGCUGGAAUUCUCGGACACAUUCUUCUUCAUUCUGCGCAAGAAGGACAACCAGCUGACGUUCCUGCACGUGUACCAUCACAGCACUAUGUUCUCCUUCUGGUGGAUCGGCGUUAAGUGGGUUCCGAGUGGAAGCACAUUCCUUCCAGCGAUGGUCAACUCGUUUAUCCACGUGCUGAUGUACACGUAUUACGGUCUGGCCGCGGUAGGCCCGCACAUGAACAAAUACCUCUGGUGGAAGAAAUACCUGACGAUCCUGCAGCUGAUACAGUUCACCGUCGCGAUGAUCCUCGGCAUCAACGGCAUCAUUACGGGAUGCGAGUUCCCACUCUGGAUGCACUACACCCUGAUCGGUUACAUGAUCUCGUUCAUCCUGCUGUUCGGCAACUUCUACGCCCAGGCGUACAUGCAGGGCAAACCGAUCCAACAGUUCGAGAUCAACUGCAUCGACAUGGGUGCGAUUAAGAAUAAGUCCGAAUAA